CCAAACUAUGGCUUGCCUUGAACAAAUUUCAAUAAUAUAAUUAAUCACUAAAUUAGAAGGGAGCAAUGUCUAAGGUGUUAGAGAUCUUUUAUGAGUAACUACUCCGCGAGUCGGAUUUGUGGGAUAUCAAAUAAAUGCAAUUAUGGCACUAACACACUUCCACUAACUUUGACCCAACUUUCAGAUAUGGAAACAAAUUUUGAAGAACAUAAGAUUUCCAAAUAUUUUCCUUAACGGUACCCAAUUUUCCAUUUAAUUUUCCUAACCCAACGGUAAACAGAUUCAUAAAAGGAAAAUAAUUCCUAUAUUAAGCUUUUUAUUUCACUCCCAUCAAUAAAUUACUCACAAAUCAUCACUUCAUUCAAUUCUCAGCACUCUUUCAAUUUCCAAUUGCACUUUCACUUUCUGUGUUUAACAAAAUAAUGACGAUGGACACAACAGUUCAUGGCGGCUUAAGAAUCUGUCAUCUUCAUUCUCAUUUAAACAAUAUUUACAUACCUCGCAAAAGACGUGGAUCUUCCUCCGGCGCCGGCAAGGAGCAGCAAUACAUCACUGAAACCGAACUCCCCUUGUCUAUGGUGGAGGCUGCGUCUAUUCUAAUAGAACUGGCAAACUCUGUUCCUGUUCCUGAUGUUCAACGGCAAAAAUUCAACAAAACCGCAAACUCUGUUCCUGAUGUUGAACGGCAAAAAUUAAACAAAACGCACAAGAGAAAAAACCCUCCGAUACCGACGGAGGCAUCAACGAGUAAGACUAAGAAACAGAGGAAGAAGAAUGUAAACAAACGUGAGCAUCCGCCAAUGCCAGUGACGAUGAGAGAUCGGAUUCUAGAGAUGGGUGGGUAUGAAAUAAGACUAGUGAUUCAAAAAGAACUUACUGAUACGGAUUUAAACAAAAACCACGGUCGUUUUUCGAUGAACACAAAACUACUAUCAUUCGAUUUUGCAACCGAGGAAGAGAGUAAGUUACUGAGCGAACAAGAAAAUAAGAACAAGAAGGGGAUAAACGUAAUGAUAUUGGACGAUGCUCUUGAAGAAAGAAUACUUUGUUUGAAGAAGUGGAAAAUUGGAAGUGGAGAGGUUUACUGUUUGAUGACACAGUGGAAUUUGAUGGUUGAAAAAAGGGGAUUCAAAAGUGGAGAAGAGAUUCAAGUUUGGAGCUUCAGAAAAGAUGAUGAAAAUGAAGCUCAUCGUCUUUGCUUUGCAUUGGAA